AUGUCAGGUGCGUUAUGCAGUUUGGUUGGAGAAAUUGGUGAAUUGAGACGUGAGAAUCGUAAAUUGAGAAAUCGGCUGAGUGCAGUUAUUGAGCCAAGACGUGGAGUUGUUCAUCGGGUUGGGGCGCUUUUAGAUGCUGGUAGUAGGGCUGGGAUUAUACCAAGACUGAUGGGACGACGAUGCAAUCAAACUGAGAUUCGAUGCGGCGCUCGAGAAAGACUUUCGAGUCCAACGCAUAAGGUUGGUCAA